CUCUCCGUAGGUCUCACUUAGACCUACAUUUCAUAAAUUGACAACCCCCAGCAAAAAUAUACAGGAAGUUUGCUAUUCCCCCUUCAACACAACAUUUUUGUAAAAACCCGUCACCUUUCUUCAAACAUUAUCUCCUCUGAGCGCAUUUGUUGUUUCGGCUUCAAACUUACACAGGAGAGAGAUUCAACCCUUCUGAUUAAAAGUUGGUGAAAGAGUUGUGAUACCUGCUCCGGUUUUGAUUUUAUGACCCUUCAAAGACCCGCUGCACUGAUGCUCCUGCGGUGCUGUUUUUUUAAGAUGGCUGCUCAAAAGCAGGAAGCACCAACGUGCCCACACAAUGCAGACAAGGUAGGUACACUAGACAAAAGUCUUGGGACACUUCAGACUAAAAGUAGACAAAAGUAUUGGGACACUUAGGACUAGCACCUGCCAAAUACGCGGGCCUGUCCAACGCUGCUUGCAGCUUUAAUUUUAUUUUUUAUUUGUUUUAUUAAAUCAACAUAAAAAACACAAGAUACACUUACAAUUAGUGCACCAACCCAAAAAACCUCCUUCCCCCAUUUACACCCAUUCACACUCAUUCACACAAAAGGGUUGUUUCUUUCUGUUAUUAAUAUUCUGCUUCCUACGUUAUAUAUCAAUAUAUAUCAAUACAGUCUGCAAGGGAUACAGUCCGUAAGCACACAUGAUUGUGCGUGCUGCUGGGCCACUAAUAGUACUAAACUUUAACAGUUACUUUUACUCAUUUUCAUUAAUUACUAGUUUCUUUGUAACUGUUUUUAUAUUGUUUUACUUUUUUUUUUUAUUCAAGAAAAUGUUUUUUAUUUAUUUAUCGUAUUUUAUGAAUUAAAAAAAAAAAGUACCUUUUCUUCACCAUACCUGGUUGUCCAAAUUAGGCAUAAUAAUGUGUUAAUUCCACGACUGCAUAUAUCGGUUGAUAUCGGUAUCUGUUGAUAUCGGUAUCGGUAAUUAAAGAGUUGGACAAUAUCGGGAUAUCGGAUAUCGGCAAAAAGCCAUUAUCGGACAUCCUUACUUCUAAGUAUCAUUUGCAAAUAUGUAUUCAUUUCAGUUUGUCCUAGAUGUGUUGCUGUAGUCAGGAAGUAGUCUUUGCCAUUAAGUUGAAUGUGCCACUUUUGUCUUUUGUUGAGUUCUACAAAGUGUUUACACCACAGGUGUCAAAUUCAAGGCCCGGGGGCCAAAUCUGGCCCGCCACAUAUAUUUUAUGUGGCCCGCAAAGGCAUGGAAAUAGUAUGCGUUAAUAAAAUGCUUAAUCUUUUCUUGCUAAAUAUACUUGUUCUUUCCCUUUUGACAUUGUUAUGGGUUAUACUUGUAUAGCGCUUUUCUACCUUCAAGGUACUCAAAGCGCUUUGACACUAUUUCCACAUUCACCCAUUCGCCAUGUAAAAUCGCUAAUGGUAAUCAAUAGCAUGUGUAUGGCAUAUCCAAUUAGCAUCGAGCCAGCACAUUUUGAAAAGUGGAGCAUUACUUUUGAGUAUUUUCUAUCAGGAAUGCUUGCUUUGUUGGCUCGUAAAGCUACUGCAUUUUAAUGUUGGUCAUUAUGGUUGUACUUGGAGAGCCAGGUUUUUGGUGAAAAAGUUUGUGAACUACUGACUUAUUACACGCCAGCUAUUUUACUGUAACGUGCAUCUUAUUUGUAGUUUUCAUUACCAAAUUUGGAGGUGUGGAAAUCGCCAUGUAAAAUUGCUAAUGCUAAUCAGUAGCAUGUACAGUAUAUGGCAUAUCUAAUGUCAAUUAGCAUCGAGCUAGGGCAUUUUCAAAAGUGGGGCCUUACUUUUGAACGUUAUUUCUUAAGGCACACUUGCUUUGUUGGCUUGUGAAGUACAACAUUAAAUCAGUGAUUCUCACUCCAGUGGUAUGCUAAAUAAUUACCUAAUUAGAUAUUCAAACACAGUGUCACUGUUCAAACUGUGUGUAAUGUUACAGUGGCCAACACUAUUAAAUAUAUUUGGUAAAUAAAACCUCUGCCUUGUUUUUAGUGAAUACUUAGGCCUACUACGCUACCGUAUUUUAAUAUUGGUUGUUUUGGUGGUACUUGGAGAGCCAAAUGUUUUCUGAGGUGGUACUUUGUGAAAAAGCUUACUUAUCACACACCAGUUAUUUGACUGUAACAUGCAUCUUAUUUGUAGUUUUCAUCAACAAAUCUGGAGGUGUGGAAAUUGCCAUGUAAAAUUGCUAAUGCUAAUCAGUAGCAUGUAUAUGGCAUAUCCUAUGUAAAUUAGCAUUGAGCUGGCACAUUUUGAAAAGUAUAGCCUUACUUUUGAAGGCUUUCUAUCAGGCAUGCUUUCCUUUUUGGCAUAUAAACUAACAACAUUUCUACAAAUACGCCUGUUUCCCCACCAAGUGCUUGAAUCGGACGGUAUUAAAAUAUGGUACCGUUUUAUAUUAGGUGAAUUAGUACCCAAUAGUAAUGAUGGAAUCCGGUCAGUACCUGUAAAAAUACACUGUAAAAACAUGAGUGGUAGAUUUUUACACAAAAAAAAUAAAAUAGCAGCUCGGUCACCACAAUUUUACUGUAAAAAUUAUUAUUUCACCCUUUUUAAAAUGUACAGUAAUCAAGUGUAAAAAAAAACACUGUAAAUUUUACCAAAAAACUGGUUUGGUCCAAGCUAACGUUCUCAGGUCUUGGAAAUCGAGCGUGGACACGGAGUACACACGCAACCCUGCCACGUUUACGACAUAUUGAUCUUCUGUUUAUGGUUGCGGCACACAAAAGGUGUCGCCAUGGUUACGGUGUCAGCCAUGCGCUUGUGGCUGGGGGGUGGGCGUGUUCGAUAUUCAGCACGUAAACAAAUGAAGACCCAAACGUAUCAAUGGAUGGAAUUUCAACUGAUAUUUCCAGUAGAAUCCAAAAGUUGAAGAAGACAAAACAAAAUAUAUUUAAGUGAAAGUACAAGAAGUACAGUAUGGAUGAUAGUAAAGAUAGAAAAGUAGAAAAUAAGAGUAAAAUAUAUUUUACUGGUAGAAGAAAUACACCUAAGUUUGUGUUUUGUCGUAUAGAAACUAGUGUUGUCCUGAUACCAAUGUGUUGGUACCGGUACCAAAAUGUACUUGAUACUUUUUGAUACUUUUCAAAAUAAAGCCCACCACAAAAUUUUUUUGUAAUUGCCUUAGUUUUAAGAGACAAUCUUAUGAAACAUUAAAUAUACUGCAAUUAAUGAACAAUUUUGUCAUGCAAUAAGAUACAUAAAAUAAGAAGAUACUAGAAAACUUGUCUUUUAGUAGUAAGUAAGCAAACAAAAGCUCCUAAUUACCGUAUUUUCCGCACUAUAAGGCGCACCGGAUUAUAAGGCGCACCUUCAAUGAAUGGCCUAUUCUAAAACUUUGUUCAUAUAUAAGGCGCACCGCAUUAUAAGGCGCACAGAAUAGACGCUACAGUAGAGGCUGGGGUUACGUUAUGCAUCCCGUAGUUGCGAGACCUGUUGUGGCUCAAUAUUGGUCCAUAUAUAAGGCACACCGGAUUAUAAGGCGCACUGUCAGCUUUUGAGAAAAUUGGAGGUUUUUAGGUGCGCCUUAUAGUGCGGAAAAUACGGUAGUCUGCUGACAUAUGCAGUAACAUAUUGUGUCAUUUAACUUUCUAUAGUUUUGUCAAAAUUAUGAGACGAGCUGUAGAAAAUGGAUUAUUAGUCUACUUGUUCAUUUACUGUUAACAUCUGCUUACUUUCUCUUUUAACAUAUUAUAUCUACACUUCUGUUAAAAUGUAAUAAUCACGUAUUCUUCUGUUGUUUGAUACUUUACAUUAGUUUUGGAUGAUACCACCAAUGUGGGUAUCAAUUCGAUACCAAGUAGUUACAGGAUCACACAUUGGUCAUAUUCAAAGUCCUCAUGUGUCCAGGGACAUAUUUCCUGAGUUUAUAAACAUAAUAUGAAUUUGAAAAAAAACGAAAGAAGAUGUGAUGCCAAAAAAUAUAGAUGUAAUCAUUGUAGUAUCGAUGAGAUACGCUCCUGUACUUGGUAUCAUUACAGUGGAUGUUAGGUAUAGAUCCACCAAUGGCGUUUGUUUACAUUUUGACGCCGGCGAGAUACGGUGUGUAGUGAAGCAUGUUUAGCUAUUCUUCAUCCUGCAGGGAUGAUACUUGUAUUCUUCUGUUGUUUGAAUACUUUACAUACGUUUUGGCAGACACUCCAAAUUUGGGCAUCAAUGCGAUACCAGUGACAGGAUCAUACAUUGGUUUCCGGGGAAGUAUUUCUAUGAACAAAAGAUUUUGUGAUGAUAAAAAAAAGUGCUCAUGCACUUGGUAUCGUUACAGUCGAUAUACGUACAGAUCCACUCGUUUGUUUACAUUCAGGAGUGCUAGCUUGCUGUUAGCGGUUAGCUAUUGUAUCCUCCUACGGUGUGUGUAGUGAAGCAUGUAGAUGAUACUUGUAAGGAACGUAUUUUAUUUGUCACUAUUGAGGCGAGGAUUAGUGAUUUAGAAGUAGCUAAAACGCUGUGAAGGGACGUUAGCCGCUCGAUCGUUAUGUUCUAUACCGCUUCUGUGUUUAGCACUUCACCUUUAUUGUUAGUUGUGAAGCCAAAAUACGUCCAGUCGCUGUUUCCCCUUGUAAGUGCUCUGUGUGUGUCACCACGGCACUGAAAACAAAAACUAUUUUUCAAAGGCAAUGUGGUACCUUUUUUAAUUCAUCAGUACAGCAGUACUUUACUAGUACAACCUUCAUGGUAGUAUUCGUGAUCUGCGACUGCAAAUCGAUCAUCCAGCUGACGUUCUUCUCGUUUUGUCGUCCUUGGCGAUGUCAUUUUUGAUGGUCCUGGCGUCGAGUUCCCGUUAGUUGAGGACAAAGUUCGGAUCAGCGCCGAGGCGGUCCGGACUUCUGAAGGCGGCGGACAUGCCACUGGAGCUCAACUCUGCUUCAAGGCGUGCUCGGUCUUCACGUAGCCGGUCCUCGGCCUGUAGGCGGCGUACGGCGUGCGCGUCCUUGAGCGCCCAGCCGAGAGGCGCCUUGGCACGGGCGGGGGGUGGAGGCUGCAAUUAAAAGGCGGCGUGCGAGCUAAUGCCUGGGAUCAGCUGGUCUAAUGUCAUUCCUGUUCGCUCUGGUAUUCAGUCUCUCCUUUGAUGUGAGAACCCACCAGGGACUUCAUCAGCACCCCCCCACUGCUCUUAUACACCCCCAUCCCAAACUACCCAACCCCCUGUCGGCACGGCAACCCCUCCUCCUCCUCCUCCUCCUCCUCCGCUCACACGGAACCUCCCCUUCUGUGUCUGAAGGCUUUUGUUGGCUUUUAGCGAGCUGAAAGUAAACAGAGUGGCGGCGCGGAGAGGGCGAUCACAGAGAGAGAAAGAGAGAGAGAGAGAGAGAGCGUGAACAUUGUCUUCGCCGCCCUCCUCCACUAGACGCGCACACGCGCCAGAGAGGACAGGACGUUUAAAGGAAGACGAGAGAGUCGAGUCCGAGGGUCUCUGCUGUAAAUGCGCAAAGUGUCCCGCCCCCCCACGCUCAGCUCCAUGGCCAACUCCGGCUGUCUGCUGCUCUCCGGUACCGGGAUGCUACCUCACUCGCUCCAGUGCCCCCCCGCCUUCCUCUACCUGCCCGAGGGUAACCAAGAGGCCGCCAACCCCCCAGAAGCGAUGGCCCAGCCCUACACCCCGGCCCAGUACCCUCCGCCCCCACAGAACGCCAUCCCCGCCGAGUUUGCCGCGCCGCACCCGCUCCCGACAGCGGACUACAGCGGGCAGAGCCGCGUCCCCGAGCACGCCAUGACGCUGUACACGCCCACCCCCACGCACAGCGAGCCGGCGGGCGGCGACAGCAACACGCCCAGCAUCAGCGCCCCCACGACCGCACCAGUCAGUGUCGCUCAGCACCUGCAAACACUCUUCUCCUCCACAGGCCGCCAGCAAACGGACGACGUGACGCAAACAGACGUCUCCCAGCACUCGGACUCCUCGGAGAAGCAGCAGCCGAAAAGGUUACACGUGUCCAACAUUCCCUUCCGCUUCCGGGACCCCGACCUGAGGCAAAUGUUUGGGCAAUUUGGCAAGAUUUUAGAUGUGGAGAUUAUCUUUAACGAGCGAGGAUCCAAGGGCUUUGGCUUUGUAACUUUUGAAACGAGCACAGAUGCCGACCGUGCACGAGAGAAACUAAACGGUACAAUCGUAGAGGGACGCAAAAUCGAGGUGAACAACGCCACAGCGCGAGUGAUGACCAACAAAAAAGUGGCCAACCCUUACACGAAUGGUCUGUUUUGCUCGCCAGGCUGGAAGCUGAACCCGGUGGUCGGCGCCGUCUACGGUCCCGAGCUAUACGCCGUAACGGGCUUUCCGUACCCCGCCACGGGCGCUGCCGUGGCCUACAGGGGCGCCCACUUGCGAGGUCGGGGUCGGGCCGUGUACAACACGUUCCGCACGGCCCCGCCGCCGCCGCCCAUCCCCGCCUACGGAGCGGUGGUGUACCAAGAUGGCUUCUAUGGCGCAGAGAUCUAUGGUGGAUAUGCAGCAUACAGGUUCGCCCAGCCCACCACCACCGCCGCCGCUUACAGUGACAGCUACGGCAGAGUCUAUGCAACAGCCGACCCCUACCACCACACCAUCGGCCCCGCCGCCGCGUACAGCGUGGGAACCAUGGGGAGCAGUGAGCAGCAGCGGAGGCCGCGCCCGGGAAUCAUUUGGUGAUUUAACCCCCAAUUCCAAACCUUGAUGCUGAGUGCCAAGCAGGGAGGUAAUGGGUCCCAAUUUUUAUAGUCAUUGGUAUGACUUGGCCGGGGUUUGAACUCAAGACCGACCAAUGUCAGGGCGGACACUCUACAGUCUUUUCACACGUAAUAAGCUUUUUUUUUCUCUAUUUCACUCUUAUAGCACAGUGUAAAAAUGUUUACUCAAAAUAGUAAUAUAAUAAUAUCAUUGCAGCUCAGUUGUUUUUAAACAUGUCCUUUAUUUUGAAAUGAAAAAACCGACAGAAUGGUUCCCAAAACUUAAAGAGAAACUGCACUAUUUUGGAAUUUUCCUUAGCAUUCACAAUCCUUAUGUAAGACAAGUAAUGAUUUUCUUUAUUUAAUGCAUUCUAAUUUGCAUAAAAUUUGAAUGGUAACAAGUAUGAGGUGGCUUUUACGCCCAUAAAACCCCCUAAAAACCAUCCCAAAACCACUGACGAUACUCCAUUUACAUGUGGUGACCUGAAUAUUAAACAAGUAUUAGCGUUAUAAUAAACGCUAACGCUGAGGAACUACAUUUAGCAACGCCGUGAUCACAGAGCGCUAACUAGCUUAUGCUGCUAAAUUGACAUACUGAGCUGUUGCAUCGCCUCUGAGUUGGUGAAAGUUUGUGCUAAAUUAUGAAUAAUGCCUAUCACUUGUAGAUUCGCUAAAAGACAAAGUAAUAAUAAUUUCAAGGGACUAAGAUCCUUAGUAAAUUGAGAUUUAGAACAGUAAAAAUUGAAAAAAGCAUUUCAAUCAGAGGUGUUAGUUUAUGGCACACACUUGAUAGUGGAAAUAAACAAUCUAAAUCUUUUUCUGUAUUUAAAAAAAAAUCAUGAUGAAAAUAUAUUUAGAGU